GCCGCCCGCCCGGAGUCCGCGCACCCGAGCGGAGGCUCCUCCGAGAGCCCGGUGUGCUCGUAUCUCCGCGGCGCCAGGACCAGCCCUGGGUCGCCGGGACGUCUUGGAUCGGCCGACUUUGGAGGCUCCUUCGAGCGGGGCCGCGGCGGUGAUCACGACCGCGGAGCCCGAUGUGCACGGCAGGCGGGACGGCCAGGCCGGCGGCCUCGGGCAGGAAGGCGUGCGCGCGGAGCCGGGGGACACGGAGGCGCGCGUGGGUCUGAACCGCGCUGCCCUGUGCCCGCGGGCUCCCGGCCCCCAGACCAUGACCACGGCCCAGAACGGCCACGGGCGCGGAGCUGCGGUCCCCGGUCCCAUCUGUGAUCCCAAAGACCCCGGCAUGGUGACCUACCCGGCGUGUCGCCACGGCGGCUGCGGUGGCGGCGCGGGCGCCCGGGAGGCACGGCUCAGCCCGGCCCGCCUCCUGCGCCUCUUCUCCGCCGGCGCGAACAGGACGCGCGCCGACCCCGAGCGGCCCCGGCCCGCCGGCCUCGUGGGCAGCUCCUCCACGUGGAACGCCCUGGCCUCCUUCCGGAAAAUGGGGUCCUUCAAAAAACUGAAGACCUCGGUCCUCCAGGGAAUUCAGAACCGGGAGGGAUGGGACACCGCCAAAGAGGGGGCCGAAGAACGCGACCUGGGCAAGGUGGUCCCCAACGGCGCGGCGGCCGGAGCCCCCGCGGGCAGGUGCCCCCCGGGGCCGGGCUUCGCGUCCGACGGCUCGGACCCCGAGGAGCCCGACGACGGCUUCGCGCGCGGCGCCCUCCGGUCCCGAAGCAUCCGCCGCGCCUACGGCCUGGGGCGCAUUCACCUCCUGGACCCGGAGCCGCCCGCCCCAGAGCCCGCGGCGAGCGAGGCCCCGGCGCGGGAGCCCGAGAGGAACGGCGUGUGUAGGCGGAGCAAGAGCACGGACAGCCUGACCUUCCUCAAGAAGAGCUCCUUCCGGAGGAAGUCGGCCUCGCACCUGGCCGAGCUGCGGCGCGCGCCCGAGAGCCGGGGCUCGCGGAGGACGCUGAGCGGCUCGUCCGCGGACUCCGACAGCUCCGGCGGGGCCCCAGCGAGGCCCAGGCGCUGCAGGAGCCCGCUGCGGGCCCCGGACCUGGCCCGGGUGCUGCGGCUCGUGGGCGGCGGCGCGGCCGGCCGGCCGGGGGAUCCCGGGGGCGCCCCGCCCGGGCCGCGGCCGCACAGCCGGCUGCACGAUGACUACUCCCGCCGCGCGGUCGCUGGCCCCGAGCGCGGGCAGAGGGGCGAGGAGCCCCCGGACCCCGGCCUGGCGGGUGCUGGGGACUCGGCUGGGGACGCGGCUGCUGGAGUUGCCGCUCCUCGCGCCCCCGGCUCUUCCUCCAGGCCCCCGGCCCGGGAGGUGUCAGACAGAGGUUCCAAGGAACCAGGCCCUGGCGACCGCUCUCCCGUAGAGCCCGAGCCUCCUCUCGGUCCUCCGAGGCCCACCACGCCCAAGCCCCCCAGCCCUCGGAGCCCCGACGCAGCACCUGCCAGGUGUCCCAGCAGUGUCAGCGCGCUGUCCCUGAGUUCAGUGGACAGCGAGGAAAGGGCAGACGGGCCCGUCCAGAGGGAGCAAGGUCCCGGGUCCUUCCAGGAUGCGGUGCAAACAGCCUGUGACCUGGGCAGUGAGAAGAGUGGCGCCGGCAGCCACCCGCAGCAGAGCCUCGGGGGGGCGAACUGUCCAGAAGAAAAGACGGAUGAGGUUGUGACCGAGGGGUCCUGGAGGCGGGCCUCCGCACCAGAGGAAGAGAGGCCGGAGGCUCAGAGGGUCCCCAGGAGGAGAUGCGGACCCGGGAGGAGGUCACGGCCCCGACCACUCUCUGACUACGGCCAGCCGGUCAGCCUAAGUCUGUCCAUCCCUGAAGACUCGAUCGCCGUAGACCCCCAGAAAGAGGACACUGAGGACGGUGACCACCAGCCCAGCGGCGCCCCCAUCGACCCUGCAGACCAGCGCCCCCCUGCUGGGGGCUGCCCCCGGGGGGCGCCGAGAAGACGCCCCAUCUCCGUGAUCGGCGGGGUCGGCUUCUACGGAAGCAGCCAGGCGGAGGAGGGGGAGGCCAUUCUGCCCCAACCGGCUGCCCGGCCGCCCGUGCCCGCACACCAGGUGCCGCCCUACCGCGCGGUGUCGGCCCGGCUGCGGCCGUGCGCCUUCUCCCAGAGCACCCCCAUCGGGCUGGACCGCGUGGGACGCCGGCGGCUCAUGAGAGCAUCUAACAUUUCUUCUGAUGGCGGUGCGGAGUCAUCUGCCCUAGCGGAUGACAAUGGCAGCGAGGAGGACUACAGCUAUGAAGACCUCUGUCGGGCCAAUCCCCGGUACCUGCACCCGGGCGGGGAGCAGCUGGCCAUCAACGAGCUGAUCAGCGAUGGCAGCGUGGUCUGCGCCGAGGCCCUGUGGGACCACGUGACCAUGGACGAGCAGGAGCUGGGCUUCAAGGCCGGGGACGUCAUCCAGGUCCUCGAAGCCUCCCACAAGGACUGGUGGUGGGGCCGCAGCGCGGACAGGGAGGCCUGGUUCCCCGCCAGCUUCGUCCGACUGCGGGUCAACCAGGAGGAGCUGGCGGAGGGCCCCAGCGGCGCCCCGGGCCAGGAGCCGGCGGAGGACGCGGGCCGGGGCCGCCACAGGCACCCCGAGAGCAAGCAGCAGAUGCGGACCAACGUCAUCCAGGAGAUCAUGGACACCGAGCGGGUGUACAUCAAGCACCUCCGGGACAUCUGCGAGGGCUACAUUCGACAGUGUCGCAAGCACACGGCGAUGUUCACGGUCGCACAGCUCGCCACCAUUUUUGGAAACAUUGAAGAUAUUUACAAAUUCCAAAGAAAGUUCCUGAAAGACCUUGAGAAACAGUACAAUAAAGAGGAACCUCACCUGAGUGAAAUAGGGUCCUGCUUUCUUCAACACCAAGAGGGCUUCGCCAUCUACUCCGAGUACUGCAACAACCACCCGGGCGCCUGCGCCGAGCUGGCGGGCCUGAUGAAGCAGGGCCGCUACCGACACUUCUUCGAGGCCUGCCGCCUGCUGCAGCAGAUGAUCGACAUCGCCAUUGACGGCUUCCUGCUGACGCCCGUGCAGAAGAUCUGCAAGUACCCGCUGCAGCUGGCCGAGCUGCUCAAGUACACCACUCAGGAGCACAGCGAUUACAGCAACAUAAAGGCAGCGUACGAGGCCAUGAAGAACGUCGCCUGUUUGAUCAACGAGCGAAAACGCAAGCUGGAAAGCAUAGACAAGAUAGCACGGUGGCAGGUGUCCAUCGUGGGCUGGGAGGGCCAGGACAUCCUCGAGCGCAGCUCGGAGCUGAUCCACUCCGGGGAGCUGACCAGGGUCACCCGGCAGGGCAAGAGCCAGCAGCGGACGUUCUUCCUGUUUGACCACCAGCUGGUGGCCUGCAAGAAGGACCUGCUGCGGAGGGACGUGCUCUACUACCGCGGCCGCACGGACAUGGACGCCGUGGAGCUCGUGGACCUGGAGGACGGCCGCGACGGUGCCCGCACCCUCGGCGUCAGAAACGCCUUCAAGCUGGUCAGCAGGACGGAUGACGAGGCGCACCUGUUCUGUGCCAAGAAGCCUGAGGACAAGGCGCGGUGGCUGCAGGCCUUCAGGGACGAGCGCAGGCGGGUGCAGGAGGACCGGGCGAUGGGAAUGGAAAUUUCAGAAAAUCAGAAGAAGCUCGCCAUGUUAAAUGCUCAAAAGGCAGGACACGGAAAGUCAAAAGGCUACGGCGGAGGAUGCCCCUCGGCCCCCCCGCUCCAGAGCCUGCGGCCGGUCCACCAGCGCCACGUCACCGUGCCCGCUAGCCUGCCGCAGCAGCAGGUGUUCGCCCUGGCGGAGCCCAAGAGGAAGCCGUCGCUGUUCUGGCACACCUUCAACAAGCUCACCCCCUUCAGGAAGUGACGCAGGGGCCGGGGAGAGGGGCCCCCGUGCCCCUCCUGGGCCCUGUCCAAGGAGUCUGCUCCGCACGUAGCACACGGAUCCGGUGCUGAAAACCUCUCCUGGGGACGCAGUGAGGAGGACCUGGCCUCGCCUGCCGUCGCAGAGGCCCAGCUGCCUUCUCGGGAGGGAGGGAGGGGGGUCAUGACGCACAGCUCCAGUGUCCCCUGGACCGCUCCCCGCCGUGAGCCCACCGAGGCGGCCGGCGCCGGGGAACCGGGGUGGGCUCUGGAGAUGCUGGGCGGGGAGCCGGGGGCAUCGCCGAGGACGAGCUGCAGUCCAGGCCCCGGGCGGGGCUCCC